UUAAUAACGCUUCUUUUCCUGCAGCUGCUUUUAUCUCACCUUGAUACGGGAUUUUCUUUUCCCCCCCACCUCCUCUCCACCGCUCUUUGACCGUCCGGAAUACAAAAAAAAAGCAAGCCUUCGCUUGUGUGUGGGAUCGCCGGCUGAGGCACAGGAUGUUGUGUGGCUGAGAAGGCUGACCGCGCCGCCUAGGCUCUGUGCCGAGUUGCCACAUGGAGAAUUGACCGGAGCCGUGCUGGAUGGAGGCCAAGACACUGGAUGGCGAAGACGAGGAAGCUCACAGUCUUGUGGCUCACUUGUGAUGUUUGUUUUCUUUCUGGCAUGUGUGGAACGAUGGCAAAAAGAAUCCGGAUAGAUAGUCAAGGUUAAAGCAACACUGCAUGCAUAAACUGCCUUCUUGUUUUGGGGAGAUUGUCAAACUUCAGUAGACACUAAGCUUUUCUUCUUAUUAUUGUGGUGGACACAUAUGCAUUAGCUUGUAGACGCUAAGCAUCAUGGCCAGGUGUCACAACAAAGCCCCCUGGUUAUUGUUUUUAGUUCAUUUGGUGCUAACAGGAAGAGCUUUGGAAUACGAGGGCAUUCCGGGUCAGUGGACACGCUACGGACAAUGGGACGCCAAGAGCACUGCGGAACUCAGCUUCAUCCUGAAGACAAACAUCAGCAAAGCUCUGGUUCUCUACCUGGACGACGGCGGCGACUGUGACUUCCUGGAGCUGCUCAUAUCUGACGGGAGACUGCAGCUGCGCUUCGCCAUCCACUGCGCCGAGCCGGCCUCCCUGCACACGGAGACGCGUGUCGACGACCUGCGCUGGCACCGGGUUCUCCUCUGGCGGAACUACCGAGAGACCAAGCUGCUGGUGGACAAUGAAGAGAAGGCAGCCCAAGUCAAGUCCAAAAGGAAAGAGAUGGUGGUGGCCAGUGACCUCUACGUGGGCGGGAUCUCGCCCGACGUGCGCCUCUCCGCCCUGACCUCCAGCACCGUCAAGUACGAGCCGCCGUUCCAAGGCCUGAUCGCCAAUCUGAAAGUGGGGGAAGCUCUGCCCGUGCUCUUGGACGGCCAAUCGGUGCACAGCGACAUGGACUACAUCUGUGAUGUGCACUCGCCCUGCAAUAACGGAGGCGUGUGCUCCGUCAGUCAGGGGGAGGUACUUUGCGACUGCAUCAACACCAGCUACGUGGGAAGCUACUGUCACGAAGCAGGUGUCCAGAAAGAAGUAGAAGGUCUGGCGCACCUGAUGUUAAACCGCCAAGUCUUAAGCCAAGGCCAGGGGGAGUCCAUGGCCACCUUUAAAGGCAACGAGUACUUCAGCUACAACCUAUCUCAGACGCCCAUUCAGAGCAGCUUGGAUGAGAUCACAUUGUCCUUCCGUACGUUGCAAAGGAACGGCCUACUGCUUCACACGGGGAAGUCUGGAGAUUAUGUCAACCUGUCCCUGAGGGAUGGAGCUCUGUGGUUGGUCAUCAACUUGGGCUCCGGUGCCUUCGAGGCCCUGGUGGAACCAACCAGCGGAAAGUUCAAUGACGACAUCUGGCAUGAUGUUCGAGUCACACGCAACCUGCGCCAGGUGACAAUCUUGGUGGACGGGAUAUUGACCACCACGGGCUACACCCAAGAGGACUACACCAUGCUGGGCUCUGACGACCUCUUUUACAUCGGGGGCAGCAUAGACACAGCUGACCUGCCAGGCUCGCCGGUCAGCAACAACUUCAUGGGCUGCCUUAAAGACGUGGUCUACAAGAAUAAUGAAUUCCGACUGGAGCUGUCACGGCUGGCUGAGCAGCGGGACCCAAAAAUAAGCAUCCAUGGCGACUUGACGUUCAGCUGCGAGAGCGUGGAAGCCCUGGAGCCGGUCACCUUUGACACACCGUCUGCCUACCUGACAUUGCCCAGGUGGAACACAAAAAAGACAGGCACCAUAUCGCUGGACUUUCGCACCACCGAGCCCAGCGGUCUGCUGCUGUUCAGCCACGGAAGGCUGCUGGGGACGGCGCCUGAGAGCAAGCCCCGGGCCGACUUCUUUGCCAUCGAGCUACUGGAUGGUUUCCUCUACCUGGUUAUGGAUAUGGGCUCUGGCAGCAUCAAAAUGAAAGCCAGCAGCAUGCGGCUUGAUGACGGCCAGUGGUGCCAUGUGGACUUUCAGAGAAAAGGCCGCAAUGGCUUUAUUUCGGUGAACAGCAAGAGCAUCCCGUUUUCAGCCAAUGAGGGCAGCGAGAUCCUCGACCUGGACGGGGACAUGUACCUGGGGGGUCUUCCCGACGACCGCCAAGGUCUCAUGCUUCCUCCAGAGGUGUGGACCGCCUCCCUGGGCCUGGGCUACGUGGGCUGCGUGCGGGACCUUUUCAUUGACGGCCAGAGUCGCAACCUGUGGAGGCUGAGCGAGGUUCAGGGCUCCGCAGGGGUCAGCAGCCUGUGCACCAGGGAGACUCAUGCCAGGUGCGGCCGAGACACGUGCGCCAACGGUGGUCAUUGCAAGGAGGGCUGGAACCGACACAUUUGCGACUGUAAUGGCACCGGCUACCUGGGGCCCAACUGUGAGAAAGACGCCACGGUGGUGAGCUACGACGGCAGCAUGUACCUGAAGGUGAUGCUUCAGAGGACGCUGCACACGGAGGCCGAGGACGUGUCCCUGCGUUUUAUGUCCCAGAGGGCCUUUGGCCUACUGGUGGCCACCACGUCUCAGCAGUCAGCGGACACCCUGCGCGUGGAGCUGGACGCGGGCCGAGUCAAGCUGACGGUCAACUUGGAUUGUAUCAGGAUAGACUGUAAUCUCAGCAAAGGACCCGAGGUACUCCUGCUGGGCGACAAGCUGAAUGACAAUGAGUGGCACGCGGUAAAGGUGGCGCGUCGAGGGAAACAUUUGCAGCUAUCUGUGGACAAUGUCACAGCAGAAGGCUUUAUGAGCGGCGCUCACACCCGCUUGGAGUUGAACAACAUCGAAACGGGCAUCAUGACGGAGCGCCGAUUCACCUCGGUGAUCCCUUCCAACUUCAUCGGCCACCUGCAGGCCCUAUCCUUCAACGGGAUGCUCUACAUGGACCAGUGCAAGAACGGAGACAUCUCCUACUGCGAGCUGAACGCACGCUUCGGCAUGAGGCACAUUGUGGCCAAUCCUGUCUCCUUCCUGACUCAAGCUAGCUACUUGGCUUUCUCCACCUUGCAAGCCUACGCCUCGAUGCACCUCUUCUUCCAGUUUAAGACCACAAGUCCCGACGGCCUGAUACUCUACAACUCUGGCGACGGGAGUGAUUUCAUUGUGGUGGAGCUGGUCAAAGGGUUCAUACAUUACGUCUUUGACUUGGGAAAUGGCCCGUCAUUGAUGAAGGGAAACUCGGACAAGCCGCUCAAUGACAACCAGUGGCAUAACGUGGUCAUCUCCCGUGACAACAACAAUGUCCACACGCUCAAGAUCGAUAUCCGCACCGUCACCCAGCACGCCAACGGAGCUCGCAACCUGGAUUUAAAAGGCGAGCUGUACAUCGGAGGUGUCGGGAAGAGCAUGUACACCAGCCUGCCUCGACUAAUAGCAUCCCGCGAAGGCUACAAGGGCUGCCUGGCAUCGGUGGACUUGAACGGAAGACUCCCCGAUUUGCUGGCAGACGCCCUUCAGAAAGUAGGCCAGGUGGAGCACGGCUGCGGAGGUCCCAGCACUACCUGCACAGAGGACUCGUGCCACCAUCAGGGUGUGUGUCUGCAGCUCUGGGAGGGCUUCUCCUGCGACUGCACCAUGACAACCUUCGGUGGGCCCUUCUGCAGUGACCCUGGAACGACAUACAUAUUCGGGAAAGGGGGCGCGCUUAUCACGUUUACCUGGGCGCCCAACGAGCGGCCGAGCACCCGGGCCGACCGGCUGGCCGUGGGUUUCAGCAGCUUGCAGAAGGACGCCAUCUUGGUUCGCGUGGAGAGCACCCACGGGCUCGGCGACUAUCUCCAGCUGCACAUAGAUCAAGGCAAAAUCAGCGUCAUCUUCAACGUGGGGACCGAUGACAUCGGCAUCGACGAGCCUGCUGUCAUGGUAAAUGACGGCAAGUACCACGUUGUGCGCUUCACACGCAGCGGUGGCAAUGCCACGCUCCAGGUGGACAACUAUCCGGUCAUUGAGCGCUACCCUCCAGGACACUAUGAUAAUGAACGACUGGCUAUUGCUAGGCAAAGAAUCCCAUACAGACUCGGUCGGGUAGUUGACGAGUGGCUACUCGAUAAAGGGAGACAGUUGACCAUCUUUAACAGCCAAGCCGCCAUUAAAAUCGGCGGCCAGGACAAGGGUCGACCCUUCCAAGGUCAGAUCUCCGGCCUCUACUACAACGGACUGCAGGUGCUUAAACUGGCGGCGGAGAACGACCCCAGCGUGCAGGUGGAGGGCAACCUCCGUCUGGUGGGCGACGCCCUCUCCGUGCUGACCACCGACACCACCUCAGCAACGCUGCUGGCUGUGUCCGACAUGUCCACCACCAUCAUGGAGACCACCACCACCAUGGCGACCACCACCACCCGCCGACAACGCUCACCCAGCUUGAGAGACAGCAUCUCCAAGCCGCAGAACUCUGAUGAUAUUCUGGUGGCGUCAGCCGAGUGCCCAAGUGAUGAUGAAGACCUAGAAGAGUGUGAACCGGGAACAGGAGGUGAAUUAGUCUUGCCUAUUAUAACAGUGGAUUCCCUUGAGCCCCCAUCCAUCGCCACCCGUUAUCCCGUCCUCCCCCCUCCCCCUACCCUCCUGUCCCCCCUCGAAACCACCAAAGAGUCUGUGAUAGUCCCUCCUCACCCUUCCUGCCCCCCAGACCAGGAGGACUGUGGUGACACCGUGGAGGUUUCGGCCUUCGGCUCCGGGGAGAUGACGGAAUCCGAUGACGAGGACUUUUACAAUAAUAACAACUCCCCGUUGGUCACUGACAGGACAGUCCUUCCUCCGCCACCUCCCGCCGCCGGUGAGGGCGGAGCUCCGAAACCCCGCCCCUUACCCCCCUAUGUUCCCACCACCAACCCCGACCAGCUCCACAUCCCCGCAGGCAAAAUGAACACCCGAGACCAGGUGCUUCUGCCCCCUGCUCCCCCAUCCUCCCGAAACACACCGGGACUAACUUACCCCCCCAAUUUUCCCCAUGUGCCCACAGCCGACCCCACAGCCUCCGACGAAAAGAUCCAACCGGGCGCCGUGGAGGUGAUCAGGGAGUCCAGUAGCACCACGGGGAUGGUGGUUGGUAUCGUGGCUGCUGCUGCUCUCUGCAUUCUAAUCCUCCUCUAUGCCAUGUACAAGUACCGCAACCGGGACGAAGGCUCCUACCAGACAGACCAGGGCCACAAUUUUGCCAACAAUUUUGCGACCGAAGGCAACGGAGCGGUGGUCAAAGACAAAAGCACAGCGACGGCCUCGGCGGCCAAGGCAAUCACCAAGGGCAAAAAGAACAAGGACAAAGAAUAUUACGUAUGAGCAGCGGGGCGAGGACUGAGAGGAUGUGAGGGUGCUCCACUUUCAAAUCACCGCUCUUUUUUUUUUUAAAUUCCAGUUGGACGUCAGACAUUUCAAAGGUUACGAAAGCCAACUGUUAAACGCAGACUGUGGUUAAUGCUCACAUUUCCCUCACAGUUUCUCAGCUACUACAAGUCUGUCAUCCAUCAUGUCCAUGUUGUAAGUGCAAACAACUUCGUAUCCGCUGUUGCUUUGUGUGAAGCACGGAUAUGAUGCAGUUAAAGGAACCGGCCUUGAGUUGAGCCUCAGUGUUUUCUUCUGUGUAAACUCUGUCUCAAAUGUCCAUUAUAGCAGAGUGGCUAUAGAGCGUGAACACAACCCUGUUGACAUAGCAAGGUCCUCAACCUUAAUAACAUCAAUUUCUUGCUGAAGAAAAACAACCCCAAAUGGAAUAAAUCAAAAUGUGUCUCAACAUAUUAUUAAUUUCAGGGUGCGUAUAGCAGCACUUAUUUUUCCCUGACAGAUCUGUCAUUGGCUCUUUGUGGGAUGUUUGUGUGCAACACUUGCUUAUUAUGCUCAAUCACAGAAUCAUUUGCUAUUCACCACAUCCCCUCCUCAAACUGCUCGGAAAAUAGUCGCGUCCAACAUUUGCAAACUUGUUCAGUAUUUCCCAUUCCUUGCAGUUAACCUCGAGUUCAGCCAAUCCACAUUCUCUGUGAUUGUAAUGAUGAAGCAAUAGCCAAUUAGGAUGCUAGCUGGACACAAAUAGAAGACCUUUCUUUUUUUUUUUUUUUUUGCUGUGUGUAAAAUAUGUCAUUCAACACAAUAAAACUGAAAAAGGGAAGACUAUCUAACCACAGUGUAGCUAAGAGUUAGCCUAACUUCUACUGUUUCUUCUUCUACUACUAUUCUUCUUGUUUGCCAAUACCAACUACCAAAAAAUUGCUUUUUUUUUUCCAAGAAGGGCACUUUUUUCCCCAGAUAUUGUAACAAGGGUGUGUUCACACUUUCUACAGCCACUUUCCGUAAUGUAGACAAUUGACUUUUUUGUGGUACGCGAACAAAACUGAACAAAGCCUUUUAUUUCUGCAAGACAUCUCCUCAGUCAUGUUACAUAAUGAAGGUUUGAAGCCUCCCCCCCAGUUUGCCCUGCCUCUGUCAACAAGAGAUGAUAAACAUGAAAAAUACAAGAUGUUUAAAAAGGGGUAUCACUCAACAAACCUGAAGGAGGACGGACGAGAGUCAUUUAUUUCUGUGUGGUCGGUGUAGCUUUGAAUUCAAAAUAAGGGUUUGUGUGAAAAGUUCCGUCUACAUCGAGUAAAGGUAUAUCUGUAAACAUUGCUUGUAUGUAUAUAUAGAGGCUAGCACACUCAAGAGGCAUUACGGAUGUAAAGUUACGGAGAAGAAUCGGCGUCCGAGAUGCUCGUCCCUCUCCCACCUCCCUCACAGCUUUCACAAUGAUGACCCAAAAAACGCUGCCGCCCAACUUUGGGGCUGCAAAACAUUUUCCCAUUAUGCUUCUUGGAAAGAGACUAUGAAGCCAGCUCACUGACCAUCAUGUACCCUCCAUGAGAAAAAAAAAAAAGGAACUGCUAAGGGAUGAUCCAAAAGCACACAGGAAAUGUAAACAUAUCGUGGAGACAUAGAUAUUCCUUGUAAAGCAGACAUGUAUUGGUUUUUUUUCUAUGAGUGACUUCAAGAUUACUCCAUGAGAUGAAUAAUUGAUGAUGUGUGAAUUGUAUUGAUAUUUCUCUGAUAUUUCGAUGUAACUUGUCACCGCUCCUCCUAACACGUUCCAUUUUAGAUUGCCUUUGACUCUGACAAAAAGCACACAGUCUCCUCCGAUAGCUGCAAACCAUCUUGUUUUCCUGCAUUAUUCAAGGCUCCGAUUAAGCAGAGAAAACACCAGGAUGGAACAAACUGAUGUUUUUUUGUUUUAUUGCAUUGUGCAUUUUAUAUGUGCUGAAUCUGUUACUCAAUGGAUCGAAUAAUAUAAAGCCAUUUCCUCUGUUGGGUUCUGUCUACAUUGACUUUUUAUUCAUGCUCUGUGAUCCCCUGUUACUUUUUUUUGUAUGAAAAGUGCCAUUCGACAUGAGCAGCUCUGUGCUCGUAAAAUAUUCCAUCCCUCACUCAUUGCUAUUGUAUAGUGUUCAUGUGAAAUGGAUCUCUAUAUGUGUACAGAACGUGCAUAAAGAUACA